GUCCGAGAUACCUCGUCGUUCUUCUUCACCACGGUCUCGGUCACGAUUUGUACGAUGUCUUCAAACAAGCAUCCAGUGCUGGAUACAGCCUCUGUUGCAACAUCCUACACUCACGUAUCCGAUGUCCCUAAUCCAGUGGUUAACCCAAUUCCGUCCGGUGGAGAGGGCGAGUCGGCGAUACCAGAGGACAAGGUGGAAGAGAAAGUUGAAAACAAAGAGGAGGACUGGGAACACGAUCCCAUCAACCCACGCAAUUGGUCAUCAGGCAAGAAAUGGACAGCUACAGCGAUUGUAUCUUUUUACACAUUCGUCACUCCCCUAGCGAGUUCGAUGAUGGCACCUGGUUUACCAGACCUUGCUAUAAAAUAUGAUAUCACGAACCCCACGAUUAUUGCGUUGACACUUAGUAUAUUCUUGCUGUCUUUUGCUAUUGGUCCUUUAUUUUUGGCCCCAUUGUCAGAAAUGUAUGGCCGUGUAUGGGUACUCCACAUCGGGAAUAUCGUAUUCCUUGCUUUUAACCUCGGCUGUGCUCUGUCACCUACAUCGGGUGCAUUCAUUGCUUUCCGGUUCCUUUCUGGUUUUGCUGGAAGCGCACCCAUAGCAUGCGGCGGUGGGUGCAUUGGUGACCUAUUUUCAGAACGUGAUCGUGCAUCCGCCAUGGCCUUGUAUAGUCUUGGUCCUCUUAUUGGCCCAGCAGUUGGACCAAUAGCGGGAGGUUUCAUAGCCCAAUACAUUGGCAUACAAUACGUGUUCUACAUCAUCGUCGGCCUAUGUGGGGUAGCGUCUGCGGUCGCCAUACCUUUCUUAAAGGAAACUUACGCGCCGGUCAUCCGCCUGCGCCGCAUGAAUAAUGAUCCUGAGAAGUUAGCUCAAGCGCCUGCUGUUGUUCUUCAGCACGGUGGAAAAUGGAAAUACAUGUGGAUCAACCUCAGCCGACCUGCUAUCCUUCUGACUCGCAGCUUUAUCUGUUUUAUAUUGAGCUUGUAUAUGGCACUGAUGUAUGGUAUCUAUUACCUUAUGUUUGCCACUUUCCCAACUCUUUUCAGCGGUGUAUACGGCUUCAGUGUCGGUAUCAGUGGUCUGGCUUAUAUCGGUCUUGGACUGGGAUUCGUCCUUGCUACCGCCUUUGGUGCCAAGAUAUCUGAUCAGGUAUAUUUACAUCUGGCCGAUAAAAACGGUGGAAAGGGAAAGCCGGAAAUGCGAAUCCCUUCGCUCAUAUUUGGAUCGUUUUUCGUGCCGAUUGGUUUAUUCUGGUAUGGUUGGUCUGCGCAAGCUCGAAUUCACUGGAUCAUGCCUAUCAUUGGAACCGGGUUCUUUGGCUUUGGUUUGAUGACAACAUUCCUUCCCAUACAGCUUUAUCUGGUCGACACGUUCACAUAUGCCGCCAGUGCCCUAGCGGCUGCAUCUGUAUUCCGGUCUAUGCUCGGAUUUGCAUUCCCCCUCUUUGGGACGCAAAUGUACGACGCCCUCGGGAAUGGUGGUGGAAACUCUCUUCUCGCCGGAUUGGCAAUUGUCAUUGGUAUACCGUUUCCAGUGUGGAUUUACUACGCCGGAGAACGAAUUCGUUCUAACAGCUCGUUGGCACGAUCCUAGUCUUUCUUGGAUUCGGGUUGAACAGGUUAUAAGAUAUCAAGCAUUUGCAGAGAGAUCCCACUAGGUUUCUCCCUGUGCUGGAUAUUAUCAGGAUUGAGAAGUCGAAGAUAGAGAAUACUCCUGCAACAUUAGCUGUGUCAUAGACAUUACAGUUCAGGACAGGCACUACGUAGUUUAUUAUUGAUGAUAGCAACAUUAUACGAGAUAUCGUGACCCUUACAACGGGAUGGCUGUAGUGAGCCUCUUAAAGCUCGUGCUCCUCCUAGCAUACCUUACAAGACUAUUCUUACAGUCAAAUACAUCAAAUUACUGCAGGGUGUUGUGGAUUUCACUUAAAAGAGUUCUUGUUGUAGACGACAUAUAUGCAUUGUAGAUUUUGAAUACCAUAUAUUCAUAUGCAUAAGUUCAA